CAUAACAUAACAUAACAUAACAUAACAAUCAGCCUUCUGAGAACUUGGAGUCGAAUUCUCAUCUCUCACCUCAUCCUAUGGACCCUCACAACAACACAACAAAUUACCUCCUUAUUUUCCACGUGUCAUAGGAUAGUGUCCAGGAGGAUCUGCUCCAUGAUCUUGACAGGUACCAAGGCAAGAGUUACUGGCCUGUAUUUCCCUGGGUCUUCCAUAUUUCUUUUCAAAUCAGUGGUGAAAUGUGUCACAGCAGUAAAUUCUUACCACUGUAUGGCAAGUGUAGUGUAAGUAUAUAUUUUAGGAUAUAUAAAUAUUAUCAUGUUUUCCAAAAAGUGCUCUUUCACUAGUUGGUAAAGGUAGUAUUGUGAAUGAGCAAAUACUGUGUGUAAGUUUGAGUCCUCGAUGCUCAGUGAGGUACUGAAGGUGCCAAUUGCUGAUUGCUGUGAUCUGUUCCCUUCCCUAGGACUAGGGAAAUGCACAUAAGUGCAGAACUUGAGUGACUCUUUCAGAGAGAACAGUAUAUUAGGAUGGGAUUCACCUAAUCUACACGAUAUGUCAGCAGUGAUGAUGACUGUAAUAGAUAUCUAGGCUGUCUUUAUCAUCAGAGGUACUCCUAGGAUGUGAUUAUUUAGUAUGAAUGCCAAAAUCGAUUGUAGGAAUCAAUUUCUAGAAAUUACUCUUUGUAGUGACUCAAAAUUACAUUAGUUUGAUCUUAAACAAGUGGGAUUUGAUGUGCAAUUUUGGAUUUCUGAAUUGCAGUUUAUCUUCAGAAUCUGUUUUAGGCUCUUACAUAACUUUCUGGAUUUCAACAAUACUUACUUGCACACUACUUUAUUCGUUGCAGAAAUUCACCUUUCAUGGACCUUAAACAAACAUGGUGGCCUACUUUCUACCAUAUUUAAAAAUUCAUUAGAUAUUCCAGUAGAAAUCUACCCUUGGUUUUGAACAGAAAUAUUUCAAGUUAAUUAACAUUUUGCUUUUAUGUCCCUUUCUUUUCUGUUAGAUACAUAUUAGAAGGACAUUCGGGCAUAUUUGCAAUAUAACAAAAAAAGAAAAAUACAGACAUUCAAAAGUUACUUUAAAGUAUUAUAUGGAUAUUUAUUUUAAUUAGAUAUCUGCUUCAUCUUCAUUUUAAAGAGCAUAUUUAUCCAUUUUACAUUGAAGUAUCAAUAAUCACAAAAGUUCUAUUUAUCUGCAUGCACUUUCUCAUUGAUGCUAAUGCAGGUUAUGUCACAAAGAGAAUAUGAAAUAAAGCAAGGGUACCACCUUGAGGCAUGAUGCCUUUAUUUAGUCACUGGUAAAGCACAGAGACCGCCAUAAAUGUGAGACUGAGAAUUUGUUGUAGGCAUUAGGAAACACAUUCUCAAGUCCUAAGUACAUCUCUACUUGUGGCAGCAUAAAAAAAUCAUCCAUCCAGGUGAGCUUGGGAAGUCACUCUGGAAGAGGAGGAAUAUAUUUUUUAGAAUAUAUCUCAUGUUAAAUUACUAAAGCUGCAACUACCAGGAAGAAAAACUAGUUGAUUGUAAACAGAAGGAUGCAUAAAAUGGGAAUGGGCCAAUAAUAGAAUUUUUCUAACCAGAUAUAAUAAGAAAGUGUUUCAAGUUUUGUUUCUCUGCUUUAACACUGUAUCACCAUAUUCUUUAAGGGAGUGAUUUCUGAUCCAGAAGUCUUGAAAAUAUUGAGAGAAUGUGAAAAACUUGAGUCAACAUGGAAAAUAAAUGAAUGUCAUGGCAGAAAUUCAUGGUAGCUUUAAAGUUUUAACAGCUGAGAGAGACAAAAAUCUCAGUGUUUAUGAACAGGCACAGGAGGAGAUUUCCCAGCUUUGUCAGGAAGUUAUAAAAUGCCCCAGGACUCCUAAAAGCAUCACUCCUGGGACAGCUCAAGCUGUAUUAAGACACAUGGAGCCAGAAAGGAGUACAGCACUGUCAGAUUGCCGAAGGAUGCCUACAGAACAUGAUAGCCUCAGGGAGCAGUUACAGAUUUCCCAAGAAACUCCUUUUAGUGAAAGGGCUCAUUUGGAACAGAGAAUUGAAGAGCUUUAAACUACUAUUCACAAUUUAGAUAGUGAACAGUUAGACAUGUCUACAGUGUCACUGAUGAAAGACACCAUUGAUUCUCUGGAAACUGAGAUUAAAAGCUUGACAAGAAGACUGGAUUCUGAAACUGAAGCUCUGGCAAGUGUACUAUAUAAAAAACUAGCAAAGUACCAAACUGAGCUUGAUAAUAUAAAGUUGAAAGCCCAGAGUUCAAACAGAGAUAUUUUCAGGAUGAAGCAUGUGCUCAAAAGCAGAAACAGGCUUUUCCUGUUAGACUGGCAGAGAUCAGUGCAGUCUGAGAGCCACAGCUGGAAAGGGAAAAUAGAGUCCCUUGAAACACAGAUGGAGCAAGUGAAGUUUUAUAUUGCAUUGCUGUAUCAUUUAACAACAGAAGCAGCAUACAAGUCUCCUGUUUUUGCCUUAAGCAAGUCUUUUGUGAAAAUGGGCAGGGGGCCUCAAAAUAUACCUUAGGAGAGAGUCUCUGUACUUGAAAAUGCCACAUCUACACCAGAACUUUGCAUUAAAGUAGAUGCAAUCAAAGAACUAUUAAAUUAGCAUUUCAUUUCCACAGCAGAGACGGUAGAAAGGAGCAAGUGUGAAUCAAACCAUUCUGAAACAGAACUGCUGAGAAAACAACUGGGAAAUGAAAAAGCAUCUAUGAAAAACCUGGAAUCUUCUCUUGUGUCCAAUUGUGAGAAGGAAUUUCAGUCACAGAGAGCAAACCAAGAGAAAGUCUCUGAAAUUCAGGUUCACAAGGAACAGCUUGCUUUAGUAGAAAAUAAUCUUGCUGUGCAGAAUCAAGAUUUUACUCACCUCAGAAACAGAGCAGCUCAGUUAGAGUCAGAACUGGAUAUCACCAAAACACAGCUGGGGACUGAGCACUCUGAUAGGCAAGUAUAUGUUUUGUAUUGUGCUUCCUGCAGCUAAUUGGGGUGAAAUGCAGUAUAGUGCUCAGACUUAGGCUAAUUAGUCAGAUAAACAACAAAGUUUGGGUUUACACUGCUCUACAUCUCCUAUGUGUUCAGAGACUAUUCAUGUCACUAAAUUUAGUCUGUUCAGCUGUUACACAUGCUGUCUAAAUUAGUUAUGUAGGUUGCAUGUGUAGCCAACAGAAUGAGACAGAGAGAUUAACUAUCUUCUGGAAUAGCCUGGUUUAGGAUGAGGCAGGUCACUUUCCAUCUCUCUUCACUCAUUUAUACUGAUGCCUGCCUUGAUUUAUAGUGAAAAUCCAGGUGAAUAGUCAUUAAUACAGGUGCUCUAUAUCCUACUGGUUCUCUGCACCUCUGGAAUGAUUUUUGCCUGUACCAACCCCAUUUUCCCAGGUACUACUUGAAUAUGGAUGAUUCCCAAAUGGCAGUAUGACAUUAUAUAUAUAUAUUAUAUAUUUUUUUUUAAUAUAUAUAUAUAAAAAAUAUAUAUAUUUUUUAAUUUUGCAAGAAGAGAGUUUAACAACAUGUAGGAACUAUUUCACAAGACUUGGCCACAGCAGCAGAGAAUGGUCCCUGUCCUGCUUCAUGCAUUAAAUUAUCUAUGUAGUCUUGGUGUCUUACCAAGAUAAGAUAGUCUUCUUAUCUUUGAAAAAACUAUACUUUUAUAUUUCAUGGAUGUGUUGAGGAUAAAAUAUUACAGUUUUGGGUAUUAUUUUGGAUAUGUAAAACAGCUAGCUAAAAGAAGCAGAGUGAUGUGAUUAUAGCACAGGUCUGAGAAUGAGGUGUCUCAUUUAACUAGUAAGUUGUUGAUAUUCUGUUCUCUCAUAAGUAAGGAUAAAGGAUCUGAAAAGAACAUCUCUGGGAAGAUCCUCUUCUUCAUGGGAAGAAAUUAAGCAGCUUCUCAGAGCCAAAGUAUUUUUUGGCCACUGGCACAUGAAAACCAGAAACUUUGCCAUAUAAGAAAAAUACUAUCAUUAAUAUUAUCAUGUUAGUAGAUAAUGGAAGCAACAGCUGUGAGUAGUGAAUGGUUUGUUGUUAGUUUGAAGAGGGAAUGUGCUAUCCUUUUUAUAACAGUGGCUGGACUAGUCCUACUUAUUCACUGCCUUGGUGCAGAAUGAAAUAAUGCCUGAAAUUAGGAGGUGGAAGUGCCAACAAUGUCAGACCUUGAAUAGGCACCGAAACAGUGAUACAGGGAGGCUUUAUCCAUCAGUCUGGCUUUUUCUUUACUAGCCAGGAAAAGCACCUGCCCACCCCUGGAAAAGCACCAUCCCAUCUCUCUGACUGCAGAAGCAGUUUGGACUCCUGUGGAAACUGCAGGAUUUCAUUAUUGUCCUGCCCUGGCUGUGGUGACCAAGCACAGGGACUGUUAGGCUUGCUGGGCUAGAGCAAGUCCUUUUGUUGUCCCUAGAUCCAGCUCCCUGAGCCAAUAUGAAUGUGAUCAUUCCCCAGCAGGCUUUAGCAACCUUCAGUGAAUGUGAUUAUUCCCCAGUGACCUGUUUCAGUGGUCCACUCCACAGGUAGGUCUGUGGUAAUGGCUGAGCCACACUGAAACCCAGGGGUUGUUGUAGUCACCCUAUCUAUGUAUUCACCCAAUCCAACACAGACUAGAUUUUCUUUAGUGUAAACAUCUGACAGACUGAAACCAGCAUCCCAGAGAAGUAUGUACCUUCAAAACACUCCAGUGGAUUAUCCAGUCCCACAUAUUUCCUUCCCAUACAGCCAGAUGCAGGAGUUAUGGACUGAACUAAUAGCCAGGCCCCAUCUCUUGCACUCAAAAUGACUGGACUUCCAUUUUGCAACUUUCCCUUUGGGGAUUCCAGCAUCUCUUAAAUAUCCAUCAGUUUCAGGGCGCUUCAGUAGACUCUAGUCUACUGACCUUGCCAACUCAAACAGCACAGGAAUACUGCAAGCAGCACUGUUCUUACUUUUGAAUAACCUUAAAAUUAAGCUCUUCCUCCCAGGAGAUGUUUGCGCUUUUUAGUUUUAAACCUGCAGUUACCAUGGAUAUCUUCUGUCUUUCAGUGAAAAAUGAGACAAUGGAUACAUAGAAAUAAAUCUCAGUAAGAGAGAUACAAAGAGACUCACUAAUCUGUCUUUCAGAGAAAUAUUUGAUGAAAACUACAUUUCCUUUUAAAAUAACAUUUAGAAGCUGACAGCAUGCAUAAAAAAAUAUUGCCAGUGGAGGGGGAAGAAGUCUCAGUUCAUGACUUGCUUUUGAGAUGAUUAUGUACUUCCAAGUUUAAUUUGUUCACUGAGAUUAUUUCCUUUGGCACUUGGCUAAUCUUUGCUAUCAAAGGCUUCUCUAAGUAUUAAAAAUGGCUCCCAAUAAUAAGAGACAAGUUUCCUCGGGUCAGUGAGCUGGUUCUGGUGCCCUUAGGAAGAAAACACAGCUGUGCAGGACAAUUAUUUUUUAGCUACUGCCAAUCCUUGAUAAAAGUACAGGGAGUCUUCAUUCCUCUGAUAGAAUUGUGUCUACUCCUCUUUCAUCUGAGUACAGUGUAGCUCUUAAAUAUGAUGAAAGAAACAUUGUGUCAUUUGGAACAGUUUCAUUUACUUUUAACUACCAUAACAAUUUCUUCUAUUUUGAUAUUUACAAAGAGAGGAGGAAACAAUCCCGUGUAGUCACCACACUGUUACUAACAAUUAUGGCGCAUUUUCUAUUUGCAUUACUCCUUUUCCAGGGUGAUAAAAUUCCAUUCUAAGAAGUAAACUCCUGGCUAAAUAGCAAAUGAAGACUAAUCUUCUACAAGCUAGAUUAGGAAUUAAAUUCCUAUCUUGCUUAAUGUUCCUUUCCCCCCUGGUUUUGUGGGGGAUUUUGGUGUUCUGUUUUCGUUUGAUUUGGGCUUUUUUUAUCCUGGUUGGCCUUAUGUGACUUUUGCACAUGCCUAGGGUACAAUGAGUUUAAAGACUAAAAAUGAAGUAAGCGAGCCAGGUUUAAAAUUUUCAGACUGUUUUAAGCUAAGUUUUUCUUAAUUAAAUCUAGGUAGCUUUUGCAUGGCAAUGAACACAAUUUUCUGUUUGGUUAUUUUCCAUUUUUGAGAAUUCAACAUAUAUAAUUAAUAUGUAAUAACUAAUGUAAUUCAUAACUUCUUUUCCUCAUCCAACUCCUUGUUAUAUUUUUAUUUUUUGCUACAUGAGAAGAACUAAAGUCCUUUCAAACUUACAGAAUCCUGGAAUUCUAGAAUGGUUUGGGCUGGAAGGGACAUUAAAGACCAUCUAACAUAGCGACCAUAAAGACAUUCUAACCUUCCACUAAACCUGGUUGCUCAAUUCUCUUGAGCACUACUUAGUCACUUAUUUAUGCUAAAUGGUUUUGGAUUGUUUUCAUUUAAAAAAAAUGCAAUAAUAACUGAAAUAUUAGCAGUCUGUGCUACAUUUUAAAAGCUUAAAUGGAAAGAAUUUAUCAGGUUUGUGUAGUGUAGUGAUACAGGGAUGAAUGAAAAGCCUGUUAGAAAAGGCUGUCCUAAAAUUGACCAGAGAUCUGUACCGGGAAAUGUCUGCUUUGUAUAAGUGAUUUACAUUUGAUCUACAUAUUUGCUUUAAUGUCCACAGAACUAAAGUUCUUGAUUAAUUUUAUGUCAAGAACUUAAGAAUGUCAAUGAAGAAUGAGAUGGAGUAGUAGAAAUGUACGAAGUAUCUAUGAAUGAUGAUUUCCCUCUCAGCUAAGUCUAGAAAGAGUUAGAAAAUUCAUUGAGACCAUAACAAAAUAAAAACAAAUGUAGAAUAUUGCCUGAGAGUAAAAGCAAGAAUAUUAAUGCAAAUAUCUGGUUGUAAUAAUCAUCAGAAUUACAGAAUUAAGACUUUAAAAAUAGAUAUUUGGGGAAUUGAUGAAAUAUGAUUUAGGUGUAAGUUCCUGUUAGGUAGUGUACUACUUUUCCAGGAGGGUCUUCCUGGAGAGGACAUCUCAUUUUCCAGCCACUUUAAGAUAAGUCACUAGGAAUUGAAAAAAGUACCGUAGAAACAACUGCUAGAAACUGGAGAGGCUUCUUCCACAGCUAAUGUGUGACUCUGCAUCACACAAGAAGUAUAAUGAGAUAGUAGUGUUGGAAUCACAAUUAAUGCCCUUCCUUCUUUGCAGCUGCUAUUUCAGCAGACACUCUGUGAUGGGAGGUGAGGCAGGCAGUCACCUUUUCAUCCUAUGGAGGAUGUGAUAUCAGAAGUAAAUUGGACAGUAACUUUUUCUUAUUAUUCCAUCUUUCUCUGUGUAUUUCUUGUACCAGAGUCCUUGCUCCAGUAAAGUGGAAAGGAUGAGCCCUGCAGUUUGUGUUGCAGAUCUGGUGGGAAAGACCUUUGCUGCCUGAUUUUCUUAGGUGAUAGGAGUCCAAAGCUUGCCUUACACAUCAAAUGUGCUAUGACAUUUUUAUACAACAAAAUCUAGUCUGUCAAAUGAUCUGGAUUAACUGUUAAAGAGUCUUGGAAGUUUCCUCAAAGUGCUUUCAGAAUCCACACCUGAAUCCUUUUUGCUAUCUUCAUAAAAGAAUUGAUUAGGUCUCUGGUUUAUUUUUGCAAUGCAUGUUGGUCACAAUAAUGGAUUAAGCAAUAAACUUGCACAAAUAUUCCUUUAUAAGAGUUUUAUUUGCGAUAAGCUGACUGUUCAACAUUAACAUACAUGUUUGAGUAAUAAUUAAGGACUGCAUAACCUAUAUGAAUGCUCCUAAUACUGAAUAAACUGUGUUGCUUUUUAGGAACAGGUGGCUUUUAAAAUCCUCUAAAAAUAGAGGAUUGAAUAAUGUUUUUUUAAAAAAUUACAGUAUAGAUAUAUAUGCGCAACAUAAAUUUUGGAUUAUCUUCCACAAGAGUAACAGUAUUUUUCAGUACAGGUGAGUUGAUUUUCAUUUGGAGGUACUGGUUCUUCAUUCCUGGUUUGGCAGACAGCCACAGAAGUCAUAUCAGCAAUCAGCACUGUUAAUGAGACUGCUUGCAAGUAAUAAAUAAAGACUGUAGGAGCAGACAUAAUGAUAUUAACCAUUGCCUCAUUAUGCAGUUAUUAAAAGGCAUAUUGUACACUUUUCCCAGAUGAGAGAUGAUCAUUUCAUUAUCCUGGAAGAUGAGAAAGAGAUUUUUUGUUUUGCAAUCAUAUUGUCAUACUGAUUUUUUUUUUUUUCUAGAAGGUGAUCACAAAACAGUUUGAGAUAUGUGAUCUUGGUCUAUAAAACUAAUACCCUAUCAUCCAAAAGGAAAAUUGCAAGGGGAUUACAAUAUCAUGGAUUGGAGCCAAAGGAACUUUUGUCCAUGGUGAUGACAUACAGACUUCCAGGGACUUCUGACAGCAAUUAAUUGCUGCAUAAUUUUUGAUGAUUAAGAAAAAACCCCAUUCAAGGUUUGCAGAAGAAAGAAUUCAGUAUGUCUGGCGUCAUUCUCCUUAUUAUCUUUUCUACAUUUUAGAAGAAGCAGGAUGUAUGGACACAAAGCGGUAUCUCCAUUACAAUAUGACAUCUGUUGUUCACCCUUUGUUGACCACUGCCAUCAUUCCAUCUUUUCUUUUUCCUCUUUCAAGUCACUAAUAAAGCUUGAA